GGCCGCACACUAGCCCAAAACCCGACGCCGACAUCGAUUCACCGGCCACUAAAGUACCUGGCCACUGUAACUACCGUACCUAAGCAGACACCCAAGAGAGCAUGCCUCCGCGUCGCUCCCACAAGAAGUCCAGAACCGGUUGCCGGCGAUGCAAGUCGCGCAAGAUCAAGUGCGACGAGGUUCAUCCGCGAUGCGGUAACUGUGUAAAGCACGGCGUUCCGUGCGACUUUGAGUGUCCGGAAGUUCUGGCCGAGCUUCGCGCCGCAGCCACAGCUGACACGCCGUCUACACCCGCCACGACGGUCAACUUUGGGUCGCCCAUCACUCAUGCUGCAGGUCCCGCGUCUGCUCUCUCCGGUGGCCCCGUUGAUACGCCGCUGCUGCUGUGCCGCUCCCCGGCAACGGCGAGCGUCUCUCACAUCACCCCUCCGGGCCAUCGAUUGCUCGAACUGAGGCUGAUGCACCAUUACACGUCCCUAACAUGCAAGACAUUCACAUUUACCGCCCCGGUGACCGAAGACAUCUGGAAGAUCACAGUGCCCAACCUCGCCUUCUCCGGAUCGCAGCACCUAGCCGAUGCCAUCCUCGCCGUCGCCGCGCUCCACCUCCGGAGCUUGAUGCCGGGUGACAAGGAGCUGGUGCGCGCCUCACACGCCUACAUGGCCGCCUCGCUCGCGGAAUACAGCGCAGCCCUCGCCAAGGGAAUUGACCACACCAACGCCGAGUCCCUGUUUCUGACGGCAGCCCUGAUCGCAUUUCAGUCCACGGCCACGAGGGUAUUCAUGAAGGACGAGGUGGCCGUCGACGAGGACAGCGGUAUGGAUGGAACGACGAGGCAACGCAGCCAGCCGUCAGGGUGCUAUGCCAUCCCCUUCUCGUGGUUUCACUCCUUCCAGGGCGUCAAGGCCAUCACCGCCGCCUCGUGGCAGUACCUGCGCGUCAGCCCCGUCGUAACACAAGUCAUCAACUCGCAAGCCGCCCUGCAACUCGACUUCACCACCGGACCAGAAACAUUCUUCGGCCACUUGCUCGAGGGCCUGGACGAAGAACUGGCCGCCAUGGGUGGAGAUGGCUCCUCCUCGACGGCCCCACCGUCCCCAUCUGCCGGGUACCACUCCCAUCCGCAACCCGCGUCCCUCGAGCUCAUAGCUUCCACCCGGCAAGCCUACCAACACGCCGUCGCCGUCCUCAACUGGGCGCACAAGAUCCCUCAUAAGGGCGCGCCCCUGGCCUUCCCCGCGACCGUCUCGCGGCGAUUCAUCGAGCUUCUCGAGGAGCGCCGUCCACGUGCGCUGGCCAUCCUCGCUUGCUUCUUCGCCCUCCUCAAAUCGAUGGACUCGGUCUGGUGGCUGCAGGGGAUGGCGCGGCGCGAGGUUCUGGGGGUAGUGUCUCUGUUCAACAGCGAUUUCUUCGGGCCCGACGCCUACCGCGUGUGGUGGCCCCAUCUCGAGUGGGCGAUGCGCAUCGCCCUGUACGACUACCGUGGCGCGGACAGCGGGGAGCCCAUCCCGCCCGAGAUUUGGGGCGCGGACUGGUACGCUGAAGAGCGGGUGCUGGCCGAGGGCGAGGUAGCGCACGGCGGGUAUGUCGGGCAUAUUGAGCUGCUGGCCCAGAUGGGCAGCGCCAUGCAAAGUAUACCGGCCGUGCCGGAGUUCGUGCCGGUUAUGGGAUCACAGCGGUGAUAGUUUUACGUGAUGGAGGACGAAGCCGUUUGGAUUAUGGUAACCAUAUCGAUCGCUUUCGCCCCGCCUCAUGUACCUGCCGAUGGACUACGGCUCUCUCGUGGAGGAAUUCGGCAAGCUGCCGGUUGCACCCCAUACAUCUGGCAUGGUGGUACUUGAAGGGAAAGGACAGCCAUCUAGAAGGACAGCUGUACCUGAGACGCAAAUGCCGAGCCGGGCCAGUCCUCACCCGUGCUCUGCCGUGGGCAUGGGUUGAGC